GCUUGCAGCACUGGUGGAGCCGGACUGAGAGCUGUAGAAGUGUUGGGUGCUCGCUGUCUACGUUGCUCAAGACCCUGCCUCCACAAAAUAUAGCCCGGGCUGCUUCAGGCGCGCGGCGGAUCUGCAGCAGCAGGGGCAGGCGAGAGGCGCAAGCCGUGCGGAGAGCCCAGGCUGCGGGAGGGGUUGAGGAAGGCGAGCCCGGCAGCCUGCACAGCGGGGCGGUGCAGCAAUCCCUCUCCUUCAUCGCAGCCCGGCACGGGAGAGCGCCGCAGUAACAAAGCCCCGGGGCCCGCGGAGGAGACCGCGGGUGUGCAGCGAUCCCGCUUCAUCCCCAGCUCGCGUGGUGCGAGAGAGAACCCCCCCCCACGGCUCGCCUCGCCCCGUCCAUCCCAGCUCGCCACGGUGCCUUGUAGGCAGCGAGAGGGAAGCGGGGCGGGCGGCGGCGGCGAAGAAGGCCCCUCCAGCAUCCUGCUGCACCACAAGGCGAGCUUGGCGAGCCUGGCCAUGGCCGCGAUCCGCAAGAAGCUGGUGGUGGUGGGGGACGGGGCGUGCGGCAAGACCUGCCUGCUGAUCGUCUUCAGCAAGGACGAGUUCCCCGAGGUCUACGUGCCCACCGUUUUCGAGAACUAUGUGGCCGACAUCGAGGUGGACAGCAAGCAGGUGGAGCUGGCGCUGUGGGACACGGCGGGCCAGGAGGACUACGACCGCCUGCGGCCCCUCUCCUACCCGGACACCGACGUGAUCCUCAUGUGCUUCUCGGUGGACAGCCCGGACUCGCUGGAGAACAUCCCGGAGAAGUGGGUGCCCGAGGUCAAGCACUUCUGCCCCAACGUGCCCAUCAUCCUGGUGGCCAACAAGAAGGACCUGCGCAACGACGAGCAGGUCCGCAACGAGCUGGCCCGCAUGAAGCAGGAGCCCGUGCGCACCGAGGACGGCCGGGCCAUGGCCGUCCGCAUCCAGGCCUACGACUACCUGGAGUGCUCGGCCAAGACCAAGGAAGGGGUCCGCGAGGUCUUCGAGACGGCCACCCGCGCCGCCCUGCAGAAGCGCUACGGCGCCCCGAGCGGCUGCCUCAACUGCUGCAAGGUGCUAUAGGGCGCGCCGUGGGGCUGCCUUGGGGUCACUCGCCCGCCGGGACCGGGGGGACGCUGCACGGGGAGGGGGGGGGGGUUGCCCCGGCUAGGAGCCGCGCACUGGAGGUGAAGCGGGGAGACCCACGCACUUAGUCCGGGGAGCGGGCGGGGGAGAGGCAGCUGCGGAGCUGGAGGGCGCCUGCAUGCCCUGAGCCUUGGGGAAGGCGCCCAUCGUCCAGAGACCAAGGCUGCUCCCAUCCCCUGCAAAUCAAUCGUUCGUGGACUGUGAAAUGCAGCCAAAAAGCGGCUGCUGCUGAGACUUGGGGGCGGGGGAGGGAGAGAGAGAAAUGGAUCCAGCUUCUCUCCCUUCUCUCCAGCUGGGGUUAUUAACCCAGCAUCUACUGCACCAAGAAAGUCUCCUUUGUGAGAGGGGAUCAAUGCACAUGAGACACUUGGAAAAGACUUUCUCCUUCCUGUGUGUGUGCUCUUCCUGCCCCAGGCCCUGAGCGCUUUGGGGUGGGGACUGCAUUUCUCAGACUUCCUGCAGACUACCAGCAGCAAACACCUCCCAUUGGGCAGAUUUCCUGGACUGAGCUGACCUCUGAUGUACCUGCUGUGUAACAUAGUUCUUUGGGUCAAAAGGGGCAUCAGGGAGGGAUGGGUUAUCCAGUGUGUAUAUACCUAAAUAUUAUUUUUGUUUGAACUGGGAUACUGAAAAGUGUUUAUUUAAAGUAAACUGGGGAGUGGGUGCCAAACUACUCAGCCCAGGUUGAAUUUCAGACAUUGAAAGGAACAGACACCCUUCCCCACACCCUGCUGUUUAAAGAGCUGAACUGACUCCAGUUGUAGAAGUCACCCAGCUGAACUGGAAAAGAUUGAUGUCUAGGGAAAAAAAAGACAGUAGAUCAAUCUCCUGAUGGCAGUCACAGCAGGAUGGGAAAGGGUGGGGGGAAGCCCAAUGUUGCCAUGUAUUAUCUCGGUGCCUGCUCCUUCAGUUACAGUUGUCUUCUGCAAUUGUUGCUUUGGUUAAUUUAAAAAAUAUUAUUAUUUUCCAGUGAGAACUUACUUUGCACAGCUAGGUGUUAACUCUUUAAUUUUAACACUUGUCAAAUGCAUAUAACACUGUAGCAUUAUGAACACUUUUGACAUAGUAACCUCAUCUGUUUUUGGAUUUCUUUUAAAAAUACCAAAAGAAAUAAAACCACUGUAUUUCUUUGAAAAGUGAGUGGAAACACUGGCUCCUUCCUGUCCCCUCCCCGAACAGUUUAAAGUAUUUGGGUUUAUUUAAAAUUUAUUUUUACAGGGCAGCCAUUUAAACCUGUGCUUCUCUAGUUCAGAGAACAAAGCUAUCCAUCUAUUUUUUUUUUGUCCUUUUAUGAGGUAUUUUGGUUUCCCUUUUUUGACAGUGGUACUGACAGUUUGUUUAGGGUUUUUGUUUUUUUAAUGAACUGACAUGGCAAAAGCAAUGAGACUUAUAUGAUGUUUACAUAAAGUUAUAUAAGCUGUGUAUGCAGUUUUUUAUGUAAAAUAUUAAAAGACUCUAUGAUGACAUUCA